GUCUCCGCUCCUUCAUUCCAUGACAGAAUACCAGUUGAGACGAGGCUAAAUCCUCACCGGAACACUCAUUCCUCCCAGCUUGGUGAUUUUGGAGAAUCUUGGAUACCAUUGCUUUUGCUUGGACAUUUUGUGAGUCACAGCAGGCGUUUUGUGUGUGUUAAAGUUGCAUUUACAGCAGUAGCCUACCUGUUCCAUUCCAACGGCCCGAGGUUCCAUCCUACCCAGCGGCAUCCCCAGGUGAGUGAGCGAAUCCCCGGGUGGGUACAGUGCAGUGUGAAGCCUGCCUAAACCCAGCUCUUACCCAGCCCUGAGAGGUCCGGCUCCCAGCCUGAACAUGAGACAGCUGUGUGUCUGUGUGUCUGUCCUGCUAUCCUUGGCCCUGGCUGUGGCUAGGCCAAAAGCAGCACCGGAGCAGAAGUGCAAGUCCGGUCCAGUGGACCUGGUGUUCGUUAUUGACAGCUCUCGCAGUGUGCGACCCCACGAGUUCGAGACCAUGCGCAAGUUCAUGAUCGACAUCAUCCACACACUGGACGUGGGGGCGAACGCCACCCGGGUGGGCGUGGUGCAGUACUCCAGCCAGGUCCAGAACGAAUUCUCUCUCAAGACCCACGCCAAGCUGCAGGGCAUGGUGAAAGGCAUCAAUGAGAUCAUCCCCUUGGCGCAGGGCACCAUGACGGGCCUGGCCAUCAAGUACGUCAUGAACCAUGCCUUCACGGCACCUGAGGGUGACAGACCCAAGGUGCCCAAUGUGGCUGUCAUUGUAACGGACGGGCGGCCCCAGGACCGCGUGGCGGAAGUGGCGGCCGAGGCUCGGGACAAGGGCAUUGAGAUCUACACGGUAGGCGUGGCCCGGGCGGAUAUGACCUCGCUGCGCGCCAUGGCAUCGCCGCCCUUCGAGGAUCAUGUCUUCCUGGUGGAGUCCUUUGACCUGAUACACCAGUUUGGCCUGCAGUUCCAGGACAAGCUCUGCGGGAUGGAUCUAUGCCUGGAGUCUGAGCAUGACUGCGAGCACCUCUGUGAGAGCUCCCCUGGUUCUUUCCACUGCCUGUGUCUACCAGGGUACACUCUCAACAAGGAUGGCAAGACCUGCACAGCCAUAGACCUGUGUGCUGAGGGGAAGCAUGACUGUGAGCAGAUCUGUAUCCCCUCCCCUGGAGCCUUCACCUGCGGCUGCAACACUGGCUACACCCUCGAUGACGACAAGAAGACCUGCACAAUGAUCAACUACUGUUCAUUUGGGAAUCACAGCUGUCAGCAUGAGUGUGUGGGUGUACUCAAUGGCUAUUUCUGCCGCUGUGCUGUGGGAUACACGCUCCAGGAGGAUGGAAAGACCUGCCAGAUGAUGGACCUGUGUGCUGAGGGGAAGCAUGACUGUGAGCAGAUCUGUAUUGCCUCGCCAGGCGUCUUCACCUGCAACUGCAAUGCUGGCUACACUCUCAACAACGACAAGAAGACAUGCACAAUGACAGACCUGUGUGCUGAGGGGAAGCAUGACUGUGAGCAGAUCUGCAUCGCUUCCCCAGGCGCCUUCACCUGUGACUGCAACAUUGGAUUCACCCUCAACACUGGCAAAAAGACCUGCACACAUCUUGACCUGUGUAACACAGUGGAGCAUGGCUGUGAGCACCAGUGUGUCAGUACCCCAGGAUCCUACUACUGCAUCUGCCCUGAGGCACAGCUACUGGCGGAGGAUGGAAAAGGCUGUGGAACCUGCAGAUCAGCCAACAUCGACCUGGUCCUCCUCAUCGACGGCUCCAAGAGUGUGCGUCCCCAGAACUUUGAGCUGGUCAAGCAGUUUGUCAACCAGGUGGUGGACUCCCUGGACGUGUCGGCGCAUGGGACACGAGUGGGCCUAGUGCAAUACUCCAGUCGCGUGCGCACCGAGUUCGCCCUCAACAUGUACCAGACGGCGGAUGACAUCAAGAAGGCGGUGAUGAACGUGGAGUACAUGGAGAAGGGCACCAUGACGGGCCUGGCUCUCAAGCACAUGGUGGAGAACAGCUUCUCAGAGGCCGAGGGCGCCCGCAAGAACGUCCCUCGCGUGGGCCUGGUCUUCACUGAUGGCCGCUCUCAGGACGACAUCACCGAGUGGGCCAAGAAAGCCAAAGAAGCAGGUAUCACGAUGUAUGCUGUUGGCGUUGGGAAGGCCGUGGAGGAUGAGCUGCGCGAGAUUGCCUCGGAACCACUAGACAAGCACUUCUUUUAUACCACUGACUUCACUUUCAUCAACCAGAUAGCAGAGAACCUCAAGCUCAACAUCUGUGCAGAGGAGAGCCAGGGAGAGAUUGAGGUAAAAAACCCAUGUGCCUGUGAGAGUCUGGUUGAGUUCCAGCAAGCCACAAUGACCAAUCUGGAGCAGCUGACAACGAAACUGGCAGGGAUGACUGCUCGAUUGGAGCACUUGGAGAACCAGCUGCUGUCACGAAAAUGAGGGGUGUCAUCCAUGUAACCCAACAAGGAUGUGGAGAUGCAUUGAGUAUAGAGCACUCUUCCUGUCAAGAAUGUAACGGGGGAAAACAAGUCCUAUUGAAUUUCCAUGAUGUAAAUUACCCAAAACAAUAUUUCAUGUACAGUAUCUCGUAUCAGAGCAUGAAUGUGCACAUUCACUGGACUUAAGUAAUGUCAAGCACAUCAAUAGGAACAGUUGGCACACUACUUACUCUAGAUGUAAGCACAGGCAACUAGAAAGUACAGCCAUUGCUUAUAACUUAAACACAGUAUUUUUCCAUUCACACACCAGAUACCAGUUUUUCUCUGUGCCCUAUUUAUACUUGAUCUGUUUAUUAUGGUUUGUUAAAUGUGAUGUAUUUAUGGCUAUUUUUAUACCAGCAGUAGGUAUCUGAGAAAAGAGAAAUUAAGAAAUGUUAUUAUUACCACUCCAUAUGAUCUAGCCAAUGUCAAUUUCAAAGCACCAAUCAGUGAUUCAUAGAAAGUAAUAUAAUGCAAUAUUUGUAGAGGAAUGAAUGAUAGCACAGUCAAAAAGAGUACAACGAAUGGUUCCUGGAUUCACAAAAGUGAAAUCAAGCGUCACAAUUACCCAGAUCAAACCAAAACAUUACUGUCAAGAGGAUGAGAUCAAGUACUGUAUUAAUUUGAUCACAUUAAUUGUCUUACUGGGUAACUAUGUAUGAAAUUGAAUGAGGUCAUUAAUUUAUUGGUAUAUUAUGUGAAAUCAAAUUACCACCCAAAACAAAGGGAAGUUUAUGCCCCACCUUUGCUAUGGUUUAUUUUAAAUGGAGUGAGCUUUUUACAGUUUAAUUGAUUUGCCCUCUCUUUUAUGCAUUUUACUGCAUUUCUGAGGGAUAGAGAGAAUGUCACUGAGCUAUGUAAAUGAACAAGAUGGCCUUUUUAGUUUCUUGUUGUUCUUUGUUUAGUCUUGUAUUAAACGACCACGUGAUGGAAAGAUUUCUACCCCUAUAUUUGGUAACCUGUCCUUCUUAUGUAUUUACCUAUUUUGUAAUGUUCAUAGACUCUCUGUAUUCUGGCACAGAAUAAAGACUGAAAUGUU